GCCAAAAGAGCAGAUUAGAAAGAGGGCUAAAAGAGUUACAAAAAAGCUUGACGAGCAUCCAGACGAGACACAGCAACCUCAAGAACCUAUAGAGACAGCACCAGAAUGGAUAGUCAACACUCAACAAACUUCUACACCAUUUGGUAUUCUCAACCCAGAUUUGAAAAGUUAUUUGAGGGAUAUGGACAAACGACUUACAAAUGCUAGUCAAGAUGACAGCGAGGAAUACUCCAUGAUGAUAGAAGCAACCUUGUCUGAAAUGUCCUCUCACGAAUUGGCCUUAUCAACCGAUCCAGAAUGCGCUCUCAUGGUUGAACACAUGCUUAAACGCGUAGGCGACUUUGAAAAGAGGGUUUUCGCUGAUGCCUUAAUGGGACAAAUCAACGCUGUGAUUAGUAACAGCUUCGGUAGUCAUGUAAUUGAAACUCUCUUGGAGACAUCUAAAGGAACAAUCAUGAGAGAGAGCAAUGGUGAUAUUGCACAACCUCCAAACCAAGACCCUGAGAGUGUCGGUCAAUUACGUACCUUCACAACGCUCUUGAAUGAUCUUGUUGAAGAAAUCUUACCAUUUGUCGGUGAUUUGAUUCUCAAUCAGAAUGCUACCUACCCAAUUAGGUAUUUACUUCAUUUAUUAUCUGGUGAUACAAGUGAGAAUGUUCUCAAACGUUCAAAGAAAUCAAAAAGUUGGUUAAACAGGAAUGACAAUUUUGAUGCCGUCAAUGAACAACAAUAUGAAGACGAAGAAUAUCGUCCCCCAAAACACUUUAAAGAGUUGUUUAACCGUCUCCGCAAAGCUCUCUUCGAUUCCUUUAGUUCGUCUGCCGAAAUCAGAGCUUUUGGUGUUAGUGAUCAUGGCGCACCUGUCCUUCAACUGCUACUACAAUACGAAAGAAAUAAUGGAGAGAAUGAUAAGACAGACAGCUUCCUUGAUUCAUGGCUUGAUGGUCUGAUUGCCCAACUUCAAUCAUCUGAAGAAACUAAACAAAGUGGACACAUUACUACUACUUUACUUGAUACUACGGCAAGUCAUACAACUGAAACUGCUAUUGAAUGUGCAAGUUCAUCUGUUUUUGAAGAAAUUUGGAAGCUUUACUUUACAGCUAAAGGUGGUACGAGAUGUAUGAAGCACCCUGUUGGUAAUUUCGUCUAUGCUAAAGCGUUGGCGAGACUCGGAACAGACGAGAAUCUCAAUGAAGAGUUCGUUAAUGCCCAAUUAAAUGAAACUAUCUCGUUGAUUCGUGAGAGCGGUAGUAAAUUAAUCAAGACUGGUAGAAGUGGCCCAUUAUUGGCUAUUUCUGAUGUGGUAGUUGCUAGAAAUGUUUUCAAAGAUGAAGUCUUAAGUAUGAUAAUGCAUUGCUUCGGAUUGAGUACGACUAGUACUGCACAAGCAAAGCAUAUUAUACCAUGUAUUUUAGAAAUGAAAAGAUGGAAGUCGUACCGUCGUUUUCAUAAAGAAACAUUCGAGAAUGACGAAGCAGACGAGGAAAGCUCAGGAGAUGAAAGAAAAACGAACAAAAAGAAGAAGAAGGAUAGUGGAGAUGAUGAUAUUUAUACCGUCCCAGGUGCCCAAUUAAUCCAAUCAAUUUAUCAAUACGGCAGUCCAUUAAAUGACAAGAUCAUUGAAUCAGUUAUCAACUUAGACACUGAUAAGCUGUUAGAAAUAUGCGGAUCCUCAUCGGCUUCACGUAUAAUUGAUGGUUUAAUUGAGUCUGAUAAUAUCGCUUUCAAAUAUAAGCAUAAAUUGAGAUUGAAGUUGGUUGGUAAUUACCACUUGAUGGCUGAUAUGCGCGUUGGUAGUAGAGUAGCUGAAAAGAUAUAUGAAACUUCAGAUGGAUACUUUAGAGAAAAGAUCGCAAAUUCAUUAAUUGAACAUGAGGACUAUUUGGCAGGUUCGCCAUAUGGAAAGUAUCUUAGUAGGAAGGUAGACUUAUCAUUAUUUAGAAGAAGGUAUGAUGACUGGAAAGAGAAAACAGCUCAAGAGAUAAAGAAUGCGGGAUUAAAUAAGAUUAACAAUAUCAAAAAGGCACCUAGAGUAUUCAAUGGGAAAUUGGCUAACGAGAUGUUAUCAAUAAAUCAAAGUGAGGAUAAGAGGGGUUCGAAGAGCAGUAAAAAGCGCAAGAAUGCUAGUAACGAAGAUACUACCUCCGGUGAAACAGAAGACAAAGCAGACACUCGCACACGUCAGGAGAAGCGCGAAGAAAAGAGACAAAGAAAAUACGAAAAGUAGAUGUCUAUAUUAUAGAUUAGAGUUUUAAUAAGUUAUUUUUGCAUGAAUAAGGAAUUGGUUAUCCC